GAGUUCGGUCCUUUCUGCAGCGAGCAGAUGCGAGCAUGGUGGGACCAAGGACAGUUCUCUGUUGGCGAAUGGUUGCUCGUACGGCUUCCUGAGUGGAAAGAGCACAGACGCAUUUGCGACGUCUACCCUGCUGGCAGGUUGGAUAGAUAUUGAUGCUCCGGACGAUCCCUACGACGAAGCCUUGUGGAAAGACUUCGCGGAGUAUUUAAAGACGGGUUGCGAGUUUGCUGGCGGCAGAUAUGGCAUGGCACGGGAGCUCCAUAAGCGGAGUUUGCCUUUCUUGAGCAAGUUCUCACUGGGCGAAGUUUGCCACAUGGUCCAACUGGCAAUCGCGAAGCGAAAGCUGGUGAUAUACCACAAAAAAGUGUUGCGGACACCAGACCAGGCUUUCAAAGAUGCAGAUGGGCUUGGUGCGAGGAAAGGCUCCACAACCAACGGCGAUGCGAAGCCCGUCACAGAUCUGCGCCAGCUUGGUGUUCUGCUCAGCAGAAUGUGCAUCCGGCGGAAAAACACCGGCCUGCGCCUCGAGCAGUUGCGCAAGACGAUUCAGGAAGAGCACGGGUUCAGGAUAAACGAGAUGGAUUUCCAGUGCACCAAGCUCAGUGAGCUGUUCAAGCGAGACCCUCUCAGCGUUUUGUUCGAGAUCCAAUCCGAUGGAGGUGCGAUGCGGGUCUUUUCGCGGACGCUGGAUGCUGCACCUCAGUCUGCCCGCGACAUCCAUGCCGAGGAGAUCGCGGUCACGAUCACGGUCGCCGUCGGGGAAGCCCCGCUGAUCCGCCUGAAGAAAUAA